AUGACCUACGAUACUAGCGGGGUAAAACGCGAGAAGUCGUCGCCGCCAGAAGACAACCACGAAUCAUGGCAGGCCAUGAGCAUCAUGUCAAAAGCCAAAUUCAUGCUGAAACAUUGUACGGUAGAGCCGAUGUUGGGAUGCUAUAUAGUGUCCAGCGUGUUGGCGUCGCUCGCCACGCAGAAUCUGAACUUGCAGAAGGCGUGCCGAGUGAACCUCCGACUGGACAACUCCACGUGCUCGGCGCUGGAGAGUCGGACGAUGAAUAACUACACGAAGGAGGAUGAGGUGGUGGUUCAAGAACUGGUGGCCGACAUGAUAAUAUGGAAGACGAUCGUGCAGAGCAGUAUACCGUCGGUUCUAAUAAUAUUCAUCGGGUCGUGGAGCGACCGGAACCACAAGCGCAAGCCAUGCAUGCUGAUACCAAUCAUCGGUGAAUUCCUCACCAGCAUCGGCCUGUUGGUUUGUACUUACUAUUUUUACGAUCUCCCGAUGGAGGUAGCCGGGCUGGUGGAGUCCGUACCACCAGCUAUGACUGGCGGAUGGAUGACCAUGUUCAUGGCCGUGUUCAGCUACGUUGGAGACGUGACUACGGUGAAAAUGCGAACUUUGAGAAUCGGUAUAGUAAACGUUUUCUGUUCUGUGGGUGUGCCCAUCGGUACAGCGUUAUCUGGUGUACUGUUCCGAGAACUCGGUUUUUAUGGCGUAUACAUCAUAGCAACAGUAUUGUACAUAUUUGCUUUUGUAUAUGGCAUGGUUUUCAUCAAGGAGACGAAACCAGAAAUAAGUAUUGAGAGUAAAGAGCCACCGAGGGAUACGUCCUGUGUGGAUUUCCUCAAGGACUUUUUCAGCCUGAGCCAUAUUAAAGAGGCCGUCCGAGUGACAUUUAAAGAAGGACAGUACAACCGAAGACUAAGAAUUAUUGCUUUGAUGGUUGUCGUCAUCGUCGUAAUGGGCCCUUUGCACGGUGAAAUGUCUGUGAUGUAUCUGUUUACACGUGUAAGAUUCAAUUGGGACGAAGUGAACUACAGUAUGUUUUCCACGUAUUCAAUGAUUACUAAUCUUGUAGGUACAAUGUUUUCGGUUGGAGUGUUCAGUCACAUGCUGCAAAUCGACGAUGCCUUAAUUGGAGUAAUAUCAUGCAUGAGCAAAAUAUUGGCCGGAUUCGUUUACGCGUUUGCCACAACGGAUUUCGUAUUUUAUUUGGCACCACUUGUUGAUAUUGUAAAUGGAACAUCAUUUAUCGCCAUGAGAUCGAUUAUUUCCAAACUCGUACCGCCAGAUGAACUAGGAAAGGUAAACUCGCUCUUUGGCGUAUGUGAAGCUCUGGUGCCCCUAAUUUAUGGACCAAUGUACAGCGCUGUAUACAAGGCCACGCUAAAGACGGUUCCUGGAGCAUUUUUCUUACUCGGUGGCGCAUUAACUGCCCCUGCAGCUCUCAUAUUUCUAUGGAUGUACAAUGAACAUAAAAAGGAACGAAGAGAAAAAGAAGCAGAGAUCAGAGAUGAAGAAAAGAAAUCUGAGGCGUUGAAGAAAAAAAAUAGUUUGGACUUCAGGAUAUCCUCGCACGACUUCGACUUGAAAACUAUAUUAGAUAGACGGACACAGACUCACAGAGGUUCGGGACAAUUUUCAAGUCUAGGAUUGGACAACAUAGCAUUCCAGAUGGAAGAAGGAACUACCAAAGGCAAAUAA